AUGAUCCUUCUUCUGGCGAAGUGUAUGAUUAUACUAGCCCUCACGGAGAAUGGAUUUCAAGCGAGUCAAGACUCAACAUUGGUCCUCACGGUCCUGAACCAAUUCGCGAAACCAGCUCGGGGCAUCUCGCUAGGGCUAAUGGGCCACCUUCACGCUCAAUGUGGCGAGCGUCCGACCGCGAGCGGGCUAUACGCUACGUUCGCACAGGAAAUACAGACCAGAUCACCACUGCCCAGCCGGGGGACUUUCAUCGACACCGAGUAG